AUGGCAGAGUUAGAGGACAGAAGUCGUCGUAACAACCUUCUGUUUGAAGGAAUCGAGGAAACUGAAGGAGAAACGUGGAAAAACAAUUAUAAAGAUCGUGAAACUAUACUAGAUAACUACAAAAAGCUGAAAUUAUGGAACGAAAAGAUGUAUAUCAAUGAAGAUUUUAGUGAGAGAACAAUCAACAUUCGCAAACAACUAUUCAUUAAAGCCAAAGAAAUACGUUCAUCAGAAACUUGGUGUACAGAGGAAGAUUUUAAAUCAAACUCUAAUCUCCAUCUUACAGGUUUUAAUACGGUUUUCUUAGAGCGUAAUGUUAAUAAGGGUGGAGGAGGAGUUCUUUUUUACAUAAAAGAAAACCUUGCGUAUAAUAUUCUAAGCGAUAUGAGUGUUUCUGAUGAUAAUAUUGAGAUUUUAACGGUUGAAAUAAUAAAUAAAAAAUCUAAAAACAUUUUACUAAGCUGCUGUUAUCGGCCACCAACCGGAAGAACUGGGAAUAAAGCAAUAGGACCUGAUGAUAUAAAUGGAAAUAUUGUAAUCGACUCUUUUAAUGAGAUUAAAGAUAUCCUCUUCAAAGUCUUCAAAGCAUCUAUUACUCAAGGAUUGUUUCCAAAUAGUUUGAAAAUAGCCAAAGUAACUCCAAUCUUUAAAACAGGUGGCCAUACCAACAUAACAAACUAUCGUCCUAUCUCAGUUCUACCGGUCUUUUCAAAAAUAUUAGAAAGAAUAAUGUAUAAUAGAAUUUACACUUAUCUUAUUGAUAAUGAACUCCUUUAUAAAAAUCAAUUUGGUUUUCAGAGAAACAGUUCUACUGAACACGCUAUUCUCCAAGUAACACGCAGUAUUGCUGAUUCAUUUAAGAAUUCUCAAUUCACACUAGGCAUAUUCAUUGACUUGUCAAAAGCUUUUGAUACUAUAAAUGACACUGUGAAAAAUGUCAAUAAUAAUUGA